CAUGUCCCAAUAACUAUUAAAACAGUGAGUGUCCUGAGCAUUGCGGUUCAGGCUGACUGAGUGACUCUAUCAUCAGAAUUUCGCCCGUGGCAAAAGCCUGUGAUUGGGUCCGAAUGAAAAGCUGUUCUCAACUUUAAUAUGUGCCUCAUGAACGCGCACAGAAGAAGGCUGUAGGAUUAUCGGAGAGAAAUAUCGCUCAUAAUCAUCUCGUGUUCUCUUAUUGACACACGCGGGCGAGUGUAUGCGUGCGUGUGUGUGUGUGUAUGUAUGUGUGUGUGCGUGUGUGUGUGUGUGUGUGCGUGCGUGCGUGUGUGCGUGCGUGUCUGUUUAAGCCUAACUUUUUAAAGGAUGAUAUAUUUUGGAUAUUUCCUGUUUCUUUUUUGUGGGCUCACGCGUGUCAUGGCAAGCUACCCGAUAUGGUGGUCUUUGGCGGUGGGACACCAGUACACUUCUUUGGGUACCCAGCCCAUCAUGUGUAGCUCAAUUCCUGGUCUGGUGCCCAAACAGCUCCGCUUCUGCCGCAACUAUGUGGAAAUCAUGCCUAGUGUGGCAGAGGGGGUGAAAAUCGGCAUCCAAGAGUGUCAGCAUCAGUUCCGUGGCCGCAGAUGGAAUUGCACUACUAUCAAUGAUAACCUGGCCAUCUUCGGACCAGUGUUGGAUAAAGCCACCAGAGAGUCAGCAUUUGUCCAUGCAAUUGCCUCAGCGGGGGUAGCAUUCGCUGUGACGCGGGCUUGCUCCGAGGGCUCUGCCACCAUCUGCGGCUGUGACACGCGGAGGAAAGGACCACCAGGCGAGGGCUGGAAGUGGGGUGGCUGCAGUGAGGAUGUGGAUUUUGGCAGCAUGGUAUCACGAGAGUUUGCAGAUGCUCGUGAGAAUCGUCCAGAUGCUCGAUCUGCUAUGAAUCGUCACAACAACGAAGCUGGACGUGUGUCAAUCACUGACCACAUGUACCUGAAAUGCAAGUGUCACGGACUUUCGGGCAGCUGUGAGGUGAAAACUUGCUGGUGGUCGCAGCCUGACUUCCGGGUGAUAGGCGACUACAUGAAGGAUAAGUAUGACAGCGCAUCAGAAAUGGUGGUGGAGAAACAUCGGGAAUCACGAGGCUGGGUCGAGACCUUACGGCCAAAGUACACCUUCUUCAAGCCCCCUAUUGAAACUGACCUUGUCUACUAUGAAAGCUCACCUAACUUCUGUGAACCCAACCCAGAAACCGGCUCCUUUGGCACCCGUGACCGUAUGUGUAACCUGACAUCACACGGCAUCGAUGGCUGCGACUUGCUCUGUUGCGGCCGAGGCCACAACACUCGAACUGAGAAACGCAAGGAGAAAUGCCACUGCAUUUUCCACUGGUGCUGCUACGUGAGUUGCCAGGAGUGUACGCGAGUUUAUGAUGUCCACACCUGCAAGUAAGCACCAAACCAAACCAAAACCAGAUUGGACCAGAUUAGACAUUUGGGGUUGUGAACAUUCGAGGGCCUUUCUCCGAAACUUGUGGGCUGAGUUGAAUUGAGUUUGUGGUUUCACUAAUAAGACAAUCACAAAAAAGAUACAGUGGACAGUAAAGUAAUUCUAAAAGACCUUCGAUAAGAAUGCUGUUUUAACAGACAAAAAGAUAAACCCAUAAAUCCUUUAUUCUCCACCUGGACCAUUGUUGAGGACAAACACGGGCCUGUGGCUCAGCUUUGGAAGUGACUAAUCGUUUCCAGUCUGAUAUGGGAGGGGAUAAGUGAUGGAUCAGAUUACUAGAGACUCAGGCCCUUGGGACCUUGACCAAUUGUGUCUCCAAGAAAAGAACAGAAAAUCUUUAAAAGGGAGAGGUUUUGUCGGCACGUGGCAGCAAACUCAGAUGGGAGAACUCUGAAAAAACAAAUGCAGCAUAAACCGAAUACCAGGGUUUGCCCACAAGCGCCUCUGAAAUAUGUUUAUAGUUGCGUUUUAACAAUAGCCUUACUACUAACACCAUUAAAGAAGCUAUUUGUGUCUUAUUUCAAUACAUAUUUUAAAGUGCAUUCCAACAUACCUGAAUACCAGCAAACAUCCAAUUAACAAAUUCCUUUACAACAUAUAAUUAACUUCAUGUUGUUUCUGUGUGUAAGACCAAACAUUGAACUUAUUAGGUUGAGUUUAUAGUAAGUUACUAACAUUAGGUUAUGAAUGCACUUGUCCCCGAGUGAAUGUCUAUACAUUGUAUGUCAUUGUUUUCUUGAUAUGAUUUUAGAACUCAUUGCACAUAUCAAGUCGUCUUCUAACUAAUGUCGUUUAGGCUGCUUUCACACUUGUUUCGAUUGCUUGGUCCAAACCAGAGUUCACUUGCUCCCCCUUUUUCCCUGACCUUGCUGGAUUGUGUUCACACUGUAUUUUUGAAUCCGAACCAUGGUAUGUUUGCGUCAUCAAUGCAGCAGCUGUUUACCCCUGUUGCUAGUUAACA